GACUUAUUAAGUUUAAAACAAUUACAUCCAUCUAUUGUUACAUACCCAAAUACUACUUUACUUCUCACGAUGUCGCCACAAAUUGACAUCCCCAAUCUGACAUCAAUGGCUCCGACGGGACCCACAAGCCCUCAGCACGAUAAAGAUGCAGCGAGAGCCAUGAGCCGGACCAAUAGCUGGACACCAUCUCUUGGUCGUAGACAAAGUUAUCACCAAGAAGACCAGAAACACGCGCUGCAGAUGAGCGGGGUGCAGGAUAUCCAGGAGUGUCCCGGGUUCACCGAGCGCAAGUAAAUUGUCUGCCGAACUUCCACAACCCACUACUUCAUCACAAAGCCCUAGCUUAGGGGUUUUAACUCGGAUUACACACUUGCCAGUGGUUGAAUAUUAAUGAAAUUGGCACAUGGGAUUAUUUCAACAGGCAACGGGGUGGAUUUCAAUGUCUUAGGGACGGCAGGAUUGUAUGAAUACACACACAUGCAUGCAUGCAUAAAUAGUCUGGAAGAGAAAAAAGCAUGAUGUUUGGGUUGGUGGCGUUCUGGGAGUUUCGGUCAAGAAAAGGAGGGCAAAUUGAAUCUUGUGGUCAGCUGAACGAGCUAGCAAACGAAGCGGGCUCUCAGACUACCUACGUAUAUGCAUACCCCCAGGGCUUGGUACGGAGAACUCGGAAAGGAAUGGCGGGAUAAGGGAACAAACAGGAAAACACACCAACCUACGUCCUUGGACGAUUGUAUGAUAAUAGCAAGACACUAAUAACCUUGGAAUAUACGAUUAUACGAUCCGCAGAAGCCGUUUGGUCGAUAU